GUUAUCUCGUGCAUAUGAUGAUGAGUGGAGGUCAGAACGUCGGCGCGAGUAGACCGCAUCGACGCAGGACACCCGGUGAAUGCAUUUUACGCCGCUAGGAGACGGAUCGUCGUUCAUGCCAACGCACUUGUGCGGCUCAGGCUUUGAAGGCAUGUAAGGAUCCCGCCUUGCACUCCCGAGGCACCGCGGGCAGCAACUCAAGCGAGAGCCUUAAUGAUUUGCGCAUGCGUGGCGGACGCUAUGAAGCUCCUCGCCGUCUCGCUUUGAACCAUGCAACACUGCAGCUCCUAUAACGCCAGGGUGUUAGCAGAGCUACAACAGGUUACCGCGCGGUAGUAACCGAAAAACACGCAGAACCAAGAUGAAUGUUUCAACAACAUCUGAAAGUUUUGGAAGCAUGGUGACAGCCAAUGUCGACCAAAGGUCGGCCCCAGCGCAUCCGCAGAACAUUCCUCCAGGCUCCAGCAGUGCCUUAAACGGUGUAUCCUCGCGGACUAGUGUGCGGCCUCAGAUCCACCGUUGCAAUACUUCGCCUGUCAGGGACCCGGAGCUUGGCAGCUUCUUCCCCUGGAAUGCGUCAAUAUCAGGCAACAGCAGUGCCGGUAGCAGCCAUGUGUCUACGGCUCCCAUGAGUUUCUCCUCCAGCGCAAUGUCGCCUUAUCUUCCAGAGUCAUUUGCCAAGCUAUCGUCGAUGACCCCGAUGAUGCGCAGCAUUUCGGAACAUCACUCUGCCCUUGACCAGUCCGCAGAGAAGCUGCAGUCACAGCGAGCGCAAACUCAAGCACCGACGCAGGCCCGGGCACGGCAUUCUUUUGACGAUGACAUGGCGGCGCAUAUACCUACCCUUACAACUCGUCCUAGUCUGCAGUCACCGUCAAAUCAUGAUCUGUCUCAAGCAAUGCCCGCGCAAACAAGCGAUGACAUACAUGCAUUUGCCUUCCCCACACGUGGCCAAAGCUCACCAGCAUGGCACUCGGCAGCUCCCACGCCGUCUGUUCCAGGUAUCUCCCCCGCUGCUACGACCCCGUUCGAACGCCGGCAAUCCAUCAUGGCGGCGAGCGGCGCCAGCAGCCCUGGCGCUGCCCACAGCACGAGAAUACAUAUGCAUACGCGCAAGGAUUCAUUCGGCAAAGCUUUGAUGCAGCGUCUGGUCAACAGCAAGUCGGUCAAGCGCAUCCGCACUGUUUCCACCUCUUCACGCAGCAACAGCAUCUGGGGUGACCAUGCUCCGCAACAACAGCAGCAACCACUUGCAUCUGUCGUCUUCGCUAGAACUAAUAAUCAUGCUCAGCUGAUUCCAGCCAACCGCGAUGAGGGGGAGGAAGACAUCGGUGGCAAUGCACACGGAUUCCAAGCUCCUGGCCGGGGUGAUCGCAUGGCCCCGCCUGCCCACCAUCGCGUGCGCUCAGAUUCAGCACCGGAGAUUUGGAGCAGUCGUCAAGUGGCCGGGCGACCGUCUCGGCCUCAAACAAGUGGUAGUCCAUCAGCGUUCGGUGGCCUUAGCGGCGCAGCUUACAUUGAGCACGAGCAACAUCAAUCGUCACUGCCGACUUCGAGGAUUUCGUCGGUGAUCAACUUGACGUUCUCGCGUAGGGGAAAACGUAAGGCUGUUACCGGUAGCGGAGAAGGUGAUGGAACUCGUAGUCCCUCUACCUCGUCGUUGCUGAGUGCCUCACGGCCACGAGCAUCGCGUCUUUCGAGCUUCGUUGCUCCAUCGUCAUUUUCCGCGAAUGCUGCUUCGACACCAAUCUCAGCGGCGCAUACACCGGCUGUGGAGGGCCUGUCUGCGAGCGAACUCACACAGGCUGAUUCUACGGGAGCAGGCGGCAUGAACCAAGAUUCUUCUGCGGGAAACAGAGUAGCAGGAAUGGCGAGCGCGCUUCAUGUUCGCCGACCAGUGCUUUUGCAGCAGCAACCACAUGUCUCUCCGCUGGCAGCGUCAACGUCUGCUACUCAGGCAUCCGGAUCGAUCCUCGAGCCUGGCCAUUCAAGUUCGCGGUCGCAGUCACCCGCCCCGCUGCAGCGCAACUACUUCGACAGACUCUUAAACCGCGAGCUCAAGCUGUACAUUUUUCAGAAGCUGGCCGCAUUCAUUGCACACGAUGCUGCCGAACGCUCGCAGGGUGUUCGCGGAGAAGCGCACCAUGUGGCAUUGCGACAGAUGGUCAAACUUGCGUGCGUUUCUCGAGGCUGGGCUUCGCUUGUGCUCGAUGGGCAAUUGUGGCGGAACCUCGACUUGACGGCCUUCGAAGGCAUGCAGUUUGUAGACAUGAUGCGCCUUGCCUCCUCCUUCGGCAGCUUUGUACAACACGUCGAUCUUGCUGGAAUGAGCAAUCUGCCAUCUCAAGUAAUAUUGGCGAUCGUCAAAGCAUCAGUCGGCGCAGAGCUGUUUACUGCAUCUUCAUCGCCUGGCGGAAUGAUCGCAGGCUCGUCGCUGCGAAGCAUCGACAUUUCACGUUGCCAAGAUCUAUCAGAAGACGCACUCAUACGCGCGGUGCUAUGCUGUCCGUCUUUGCGCUCAUUUGCAGCACGCAAUGUGCCGAGUAUGACCGAUGGCAUCGUGCGUGCUCUCUCGCACGUUGCGGCCAGGCUCGAAUCUGUCGAUCUCAGCGGCAAGUCUGGCAUCAGCAGCGCUGCUGUCGCCACUCUGCUUGGCUCAGCCCCUUCUCUGCGGAUUCUCAAACUCGCGGCUUUGCGCGGGGUCAACAAGGAUCUAAUGGCGACUCUUAAAGUCAGCACACCUUAUCUGGAAGUCUUAGAUCUGAGCUACUGCAAGGAUCUUGAUGACGAUGCAUUCAUGGCAUUUCUCACCUCUUCAACGCCGCCCAAUGAGCCAGAAGUGCCACCAGCCAUCUUCACACUUGUUCCGUCGCAGCGCACUCUGCAAGAUCCGUUCAAGCAGCUCGAAGGUUAUCGCCGAAUCACAUCGCUACGCGCGCUUUCCAUCUCCGGUUGUCGGCGCAUCACCGAUCGCACCUGCGCUCUGCUGGCCGGUGCCGUGCCCCGUCUCGAAACAUUCCAAGCUGCUGGCCUUGGUCCGACGCUCAAGAACCCGGGUCUGAUCGCGCUGCUCGGGUCCACGCCGUAUUUGACGCGCCUCGAUCUGGAAGGCGCGACUGAGCUCAGUGAUGGCGUCUUGGAUGCGCUGCUGUCUGCGACGCCCCAAGGCGAGAGUAACCUUACCCAUCUCAUCAUCUCACAUGCGAUCAACAUUACAGCAGAUGCACUCUACGAGUUCAUUCAGAAAGCGCCAUCCCUUGUCCAUCUGCAGGCUGAUGACACGCGUGCUGAUGAUGACGUCGCCAGGGUAUUCACGCAGCGCGUGCGUGCCCGCCAGGCUUGCAACGCGUAUCUCAGCCUGAUCGACUGUCGCAGCUUCGCAAAGGCAACGGCUAUCGAGCUUGCCUCCUCCAAUACUGUCCGACCGCGAGCGGGAAAAGUCGGCUUCGCCUACCGCCAUUUUGCGUACGAUGAUGGAGCACAUAUGCGGCCACAUUCGGGCCCCCAAAUUUUGCACGAGCAUGACAGCAGCCGUGUGACGCUGAAGAGCUUCUGGGGCUGGCAAGCGGUCGAUGCGAGAGCGCAGGCAAUUCGCAAGGGGAAGGCCAGGCGUGGUAUCCGUGCGCGCGCUGCAGUUGGCGAUAAUGGCAUAAACAUGGACGAUGAGGACUCUUCUACUUCUCGACUGGGUCGGUUCGCGGCUGUACUUCUUGCUGCAGGUGAGGAGGCUGAUAAUGCACCUGGCUGCAGCAUCAUGUAGCAUACUUUGUGUUUUCUUUGCAAUGGUUCUGGCACAUUUCUGUACUCUAGCUCUUUGCUCGUUGUUGUAACGAUGUCGCUUUCAGCCACG